AGGGUGGAGGGAAGGAGAGAGAUGGACUUGUUCCCGCACCCCACACCGGGGGGAGGUGGCAAAGGGGACACAGUUACCCCAGGGCCCUCAGCUCACUGCCCCAGUCCCUUGCCCCAACUCCUGGUUCAGCCUCCUGGGGAAUGGUGGAUUCUGGGGACCGUCAGAGAAGGGUGUGCAGCCUCAACUCCAGGCCUGCCCUCCCAAACUUUUCUCUUUCCUUGCUCCCUCCCCCUAUCCUUUCUGAACCUCAUUUAUGCUGGGCCUGGAAGAGACGGGCAUCCGAUUUGGUCCCUGAACACACAAAUCUCAUGGACAGGUGACUGGAAAUGACCCUCCAGGGUGAUUAUGAAAGUAGCUCAAGGCAGAGUAAACUCUGUGGGGUCACAGAGACUCCAGCCGGUCCGUUCCCUGGGCGAACCCACAGGCUGGCCUAGGAGUCAGAUUGAGGUGCAGACACCUCACAGUAAGUGAAGAGUGACUUAGAAUUGUCUUAGGCAGGGUGAGAAAUGGCGUUCCAUGCAGAGUGCACAGCUUGUGCAAAGACUGGGGGGCAUGAAGGGUAUGAUAUGGUCACUAGCCUGGUGGCUGGGGGUGGUUAGCUAAUUAUAGCCGAGGUUAGCAUUUAUUGAGUACUUAUACCAGCUGGGUACUCCGCUCAGUGCUUUAUGUACAUCAUUUCAUUUCAUCUUCCCAGAAUCCCUUGCAGGGGGGGGCAAGGCCUCCUGGGACCAUUUUACAGAUGAGGAAUCUGAGGCAGAGCUGUUACGUAACUUGUCCUCUGGUCCCCCUGCUAGAAGAGCAGGGACCACUUUGCAACCCACAGCACCCUGCAGGUUGCCUUCCAGAAACUUCAGGAAGAGGUAGCCAGGCCGCCUCACAGAGACCUGAAGGCCCCAGCAGCACCUCCAGCUCCCCCUUAGGCCAAGUUGUUCCCACAUGCUGGACAGGGCCCCUGAGUCCUCCCACAGAGCCUCGCUGUCUGCGGCCUGCAAGGCUGCCAACCCUCCCAGAGACGCGAGAUCGCCACUCAGAUGUAGGGCAGUGCAGAAGCUGAGAUGCAAGCCCCUGACAGAUGCACAGCAGGGCCACACUGAGGGGCUGAAAGCUUCCUGUCAGGCCGGGGCUUCUCCCUCGCCUGGAUGCCGGGGCUCAGCCACUGUCACAGAGAAAGGUUUAAUGUUAAAAAGGGAUCCUCAGUCCCAGAAAGAGAGAUUUGAGGGUGUAAAUUGCAGCAUUGUCUGUGAUAAGGGCAACACUGGAAACAGCCCAAGUGGCCGUCAGUAGGCGGGUUAAAUGAACUAUGGCUCAUCCUUACAAUGCAACACUAUGUAGUUUUUUUAAAGGACAAGGUGGUUCUAUAGUAUAUUGUUCUGCGGAAGACGGAAGACGUUGUACUAUGGCAUGACCCAUUUCUGGAAAACGAAUGAGUUUUAUGUGCAGAGAAAAAAAUCUAGAGUCAUUACCACUGUACUGUUAAGGGUGGUCAUCGUGACCAGGGUGGGUGAGGGAACUAGAGGCAAGUGCCUCAAGUCACACAUGGUCUAAUGGUCAAAGUUUUUGCAAAGCUUAUGGAAAAGCAAUUAAAAAAUUUAAACAUGUUUGGAAGAGCAGUUCCUAUUCAAAAAGGCUUGAAACCAGAGCAGAGAAUGAUGGGGGAGUCUGUCACUGGAGGGGUUUUAGGCAGGAGAGUGCGUUAGUCAGAACUGUGUUUUUGUGAGGUCUGUUGCAGGGCCCAGCCCUGGUGUAGCACACAGCAAGUAUCCAUUCGUUCAGUGAUGGUUAGUUCUGGAGAUCCUGCCAGGGGCCAGACGCUGUUCUUGGUGCUGGGCGUCCAUGGGUAAAGAUGAAAAAUCCCACCAUCUUGGAGCUGACGUCAUGGCGGACUCCAUAGCUGUUGGCGAUUGGAUGGUUAGACUGAAGAAGCCAGCAAGAGGGGCGCUUGGAGCGGAGGGCGGGGUGGGCCGACACAGCCAGGCCAUCACCCAGAGGGCAGUAGAGUCCAUCAGAGGUGGAGGCUGAGGCUGGGAGCUUAGGGAGGAGGCCAGGACAGGGCCCCCGGAGGGAGUACAGGCUGGACCAGAUAGAGCCCCGGAGAGGGGACACAUUAUGAUGGGAGGGCAGGAGAGGGAGACAAAGACUGGGGGACAGAAGCCACACUGAGAUGGGGCCUAGGAGGAGGGGCAGGUUUAGGAGAGACGCUAAAGCCCAGUUUGAAAUGUGGUGGGAAAGGGAGGCCAGGAGUCACUUAGGAGGAGGCAUCCAGGAGGCUGUGGGAACCCCGGAUCUGGGGACUAGGAGGUGGCAUUAUCAAUGGCUAGGCCAAGACCAUUGGCACAGAUGAGGGAGCUAGCCCAGGGAAGGUGGAGAGAGGAGGUAGGGAGGGCCCAGGACAGAGUCUAGCACCGGCCAUCUGGGAGCCUGGCUGAGCGGCGGAGUGGAUAAUGACGCUAGAUAAUGACACGGAGGGGCUGGACAGGUGGCGUCCAGGGCUCCAGGCAGGAGCGCUGAGGGCCCCAGGGGGAGGACGGGGGCGUUUCCACUGGCAUCAUUCACAGGAGUGGCUGUGGUGAGGAGGGCAGCGGGCCCACGCCGCAGGGGACAGGCAGGGCUGCAAGGCAAGGGCUCGGGACACCGGGCAAUGUCAGCACUUCCCAAGCGCUUACCCCACUGGGUACUGCGCAGAGCACCUCCCCUGGGUUAACGCGUGUCAUCCCAGAUAGCCCUCUGAUGGCCGUGCCACCUCCUCUGAGCUCCGUUUCCAAGAUGAGGAGCAUCAGACUCAGAACAGCAAAGAACUGACGCUCCUCAAGAGCAGGACCAGGACUCAGAUUCAGACACUGAGGAAGGAGCUGCAGGCGGAGAAGCCGAGAUGGACUUCCUGCGGAAUUUCUUCUCCCAGACACUGGGCCUGGGCACCCAGAAGGAGCGUCUGUUGGACGACCUGACCCUGGAAGGGGUGACGCGCUACAUGCAGAGCGAGCGCUGUCGCAGGGUCAUCUGCUUGGUGGGAGCUGGGAUCUCCACGUCCGCCGGCAUCCCUGACUUCCGCUCCCCAUCCACGGGCCUCUAUGCCAACCUAGAGAAGUACCAUCUUCCCUACCCGGAGGCCAUCUUUGAGAUUGGCUACUUCAAGAAACACCCAGAGCCCUUCUUUGCUCUUGCCAAGGAACUCUAUCCUGGGCAGUUCAAGCCGACCAUCUGUCACUACUUCAUCCGCCUGCUGAAGGAGAAGGAGCUACUGCUGCGCUGCUACACGCAGAACAUAGACACGCUAGAGCGAGUGGCGGGCCUGGAGUCUGAGGACCUGGUGGAGGCCCACGGCACCUUCUACACCUCGCACUGCAUCAGCCCCCUCUGCCGACGGGAGUACUCGCUCAGCUGGAUGAAAGAGAAGAUCUUCUCCGAGGUGACUCCCAAGUGUGAGAAAUGUCACAGCGUGGUGAAGCCUGACAUCGUGUUCUUCGGUGAGAACCUCCCAGCAAGGUUCUUCUCCUGCAUGCAGUCAGACUUCUUGAAGGUGGAUCUCCUCAUCAUCAUGGGUACCUCCCUGCAGGUGCAGCCCUUUGCAUCCCUCAUCAGCAAGGCACCCCUCUCUACCCCACGCCUGCUCAUCAACAAGGAGAAGACUGGGCAGACUGACCCUUUCCUGGGGAUGAUGAUGGGCCUCGGAGGAGGCAUGGACUUCGACUCCAAGAAGGCCUACAGGGACGUGGCCUGGCUGGGUGACUGUGACCAGGGCUGCCUGGCCCUCGCCGACCUCCUCGGAUGGAAGAAGGAGCUGGAGGACCUCGUCCGGAAGGAGCAUGCCAUCAUUGAUGCCCAGGCAGGGUCAGGGAGCCCCAACCCCAACACUUCAGCUUCCCCCGGGAAUUCUGCACCUCCUGCCAAGGAGGAGGCCAGGACCAUGGAGGGGGAGCAGGGCCAGUGACAGCUGCACCUCCCGGGACAGCAGAGCCGCCACCAGCCCUGGCCCCCUCUAACUUGCAGCUCUUGUCUGGGGAGCUCAGAACAUUGCCCCAGUCUCCUAACUACCCCC